CUACUACCUUAUAGCGACGCUGCUGUAGGCAUGCUAAACCCGUACAACCUCUACACAAUUAGUGUUAAUGUGUUAAUAGUCACGCUUGCUCAGUGAUUUAAACAUUAUCAAACACGCCAAUUUCAAAAAGCUCUUGCCAUUAGUAAAGAUGGCUUCCUGAUUCCGGAGGAAUCAAGCCCAACCUUGUGGAUAUGACGUGAUAUAUGUCCGCCGGUCUCAUUCAAUGCCACACCCACUUAGAUUAUUUUUGCAGUUGAAUAGAUAUAAUAACCCCUCAUUUUAAAGAACUGUUGAGAGACCUGGAAUUUGAUUGUACUUUUAUGUACAAAGAAACUAUUCUCAUCCUAAAAUUCGCCUGUUGACAAAUGCUAUAAAAGGCGUUGACGUAACCACGUGACCCUCUCUCUGUCUCCUACCGCCAUCAUGGAAGCCAGCCGCGUGCAGCCGAUCAAGCUUGCCCGGGUAACAAAAGUCUUGGGGCGCACUGGUUCUCAGGGUCAGUGUACCCAGGUCCGUGUCGAGUUCAUGGAUGACAGCAACCGUUCCAUCAUCCGUAAUGUUAAGGGACCAGUUAGAGAGGGUGAUGUCCUGACUCUGCUGGAAUCUGAGCGAGAAGCUAGGAGAUUACGUUGAUUUUCACCAGGUCCAUGGCUUUAUGUGAAGGAAACGACUGCAAUAUGUUUUGCUGCCAAAAAGUGGGCCAUCUGUGAAUCCAGAAAAGAUCCUGGUUUUCUGUUUGUAAAAUAAAGAUUUGUAAAGAACAUCUGCA